CACAUGGAUAGCCUCCUACAGCUUAAGUUCACAGGGUGUCAAACUGGGUUACACCAGACAAAACGACGUCGUUAUUAAGUUCCAUGCUCUAGAGUUCUACUGGCCCUUUUCUUCCAUGACAGGCAUGGCAUCUUCCAUCCUAAAAAAAAAGAAAAUAAAUGAGAGAAAAAGUUAGCUGAUUUUGCAGUUCUCAGUUUCAGCGAGCAGGGCGAAUAUGAGACUUCACAAGAAUACAAAUUUCAGUAGGAGACGUCCCAUUCUCCACCUUCUCUUCCUUGCUGCUCUCUUCUCUAUCCUUGUUUUUGCUAUCCAAUCCUCUUUUUUCUCAGUUCCCAUAAACCCUAGCAUUUCACCUUCACUUUCUCUGAUUUUUGCAGGUGGUCGAAACUCGGAUCUCAGCAAAGAACAAAUCAGGGAUUUAUCCGAUUUCCAGUCCUCUGUUCAGCAAUGCGUGGCAAACAGAGGGCUUGGUCUGACGGCACAAAUCAUUGACCUUUGCAAAUUGACGCUUAAGUUUCCUGAAGGCACUAACAGCACCUGGUUCAAUGAGCAAUUCAAAAUUUAUGAACCGUUGGAGUACCAUUAUGAUGUUUGUGAAGCAAUUCUAUUGUGGGAACAGUAUCGUAACAUGACUACAGUGCUGACAAGAGAAUACCUUGAUGCCCGGCCAGAUGGGUGGUUAGAGUAUGCAGCAAAAAGGAUAGCUCAAUUGGGAUCUGAUAAAUGCUACAACAGGACUCUCUGUGAGGAACAUCUUAAUUUGAUUCUACCUGCUAAACCCCCUUUCCAUCCCCGGCAAUUUCGCACUUGUGCUGUUGUUGGUAACUCAGGAGAUCUCCUAAAGACUGAGUUUGGAGAAGAGAUUGAUGGUCAUGAGGCUGUUAUACGAGACAAUGAAGCUCCAGUUAAUGCGAAAUAUUCCAAGUAUGUUGGGCUAAAAAGGGAUUUCCGCCUUGUAGUUCGUGGUGCUGCUCGUAACAUGGUUAAGAUUCUCAAUGGAUCUACCGAUGAAGUACUUAUAAUCAAAAGUGUGACCCACAGAGACUUUAAUGCUAUGAUAAAGAGUAUUCCCAAUCCUGUUUAUCUUUUCCAAGGAAUUGUGCUACGCAGAGGUGCCAAGGGAACUGGAAUGAAAUCUAUUGAACUAGCACUUUCAAUGUGUGACAUUGUUGACAUAUAUGGAUUCACAGUUGAUCCUGGCUAUACUGAAUGGACACGGUACUUCUCUACUCCCAGGAAAGGGCACAAUCCGCUUCAAGGACGUGCAUAUUAUCAGCUCCUAGAGUGCCUUGGUGUUAUUAGGAUUCAUUCCCCCAUGAGAGCCCAAAGGAAACAUGACUGGUCAGAUGUCCCCAGUCGAGAAAUGAUAGGCAGAGCUCAUGCUGCUGCCUUGCGCUUAAAGAGGGGUCAUGGGCCUGGACAGUUCGGAAGUUGUAAGGUGUGGGGCAAUGUGGACCCUGACAGCAGUGGGCCCACCUCAGGAUCUUCAGACAUGAGUGAUGUCAGGAAAUACUCAAAUUACAAUAAAUGGGAGGUCAUGCCAUUUGAAAGUCUAAGAAAGGAGGCACGUGACCACCAUGCCCAGAUGGAAAGUGUUUCUCUCUACAAAAUGGAUGGCAAUAAAUUGGAUGAUUUGGUAUGUGUGAGGCAUUCCUUGAAAUCCGAGGCAUAAGCAGCAACAUGCAACAGUGCAACUCUGUGAUUUGUGCUUCAGUUGGUGGCAAGGAGAAAGAUCUCUGCUGGUUAUUAUCAAUUGCCAUGAAACUUCCUUUGAGAUGAGCCUUUUGGAUGAUGAAUAUGUUAGCUUAUCAUUUCUGCCACAAUCACUUAAUUACUCAAGAGAAGUGAUUAAAUAUUUAUCAACUGUUACCAAAGAUAGCCUUGAAAUUUAGAGCCCAUUGUAGCAAUAUAUCCAUGUGCAAGGAGAAAUAGCAUGAAAUACAAACUACUGUGCAAUGAAAACUAAAUCUCAUCUGAGAAAGUGACAUUAUAGGAUUUUCAACUUCUGCACACACAAAGGAGACAUUAUUAAUUUACUGGUGAAAUCCCUCCAGCUUUUGGAGGAUUAUUCUGAGGGAUUCUGGAUGGGCAAAGGUUUGUUGAUCAUAGAAACUGCUGUGUGAGUUUUUUUUGUGCUUUCUUUAUAUAGGGUAAAGAGGGUUUGACAUGUAUACUGCUUCAAUGCAUUUUAACAUUGGGAGUUUCAAGA